AUGUUAAUUCGGUCAAUCCGGCCGACGGAUUUUGCGCCGAAAAAUGCCGGAUUUGUCCGGUUCACAGCAGGUUUUAAUGGGAUCUUUACAGAUUUUGGUGAAACCGAUUGGUUCUGGGCAUCGAAUAUCGGUGGUGUAGUGUCCGAUGAUUUCCGUACCGGACUACAGCCGAAUUAUGCGGAUUUCAAAGGAAUUGUUUUAGGUGGUGAUGUCCGGUGUUGA